GGGGGAGGUGGUCCUCGGAGCGCUCCUCUCGUUCCCGGCACCGUGGAGCGACGCGUGGGGACGGAUCGAGCCAGAGCUCCCUGCGGAGACGUGCUUUUACGGUUGCAACUGCACUGUUUGGCAGCCUCCGCGUGUCGGUCGGUUUAUUUACAGCUGUCGCAGCUGCCCGUGUCGUCUGCGCGCGGGCCCUUAGCCAUGGCCCGAAAACGCGGGGAACGUUCCGGAACACGCCUGACACUGGGCAUUGCGAAAGAUUGUGCGAGUGGCGCUGCUGUGGCGGUGUGUGUUUGCUGCCCCCCGUUCGCCGCCCGGCGCCGCGAAGCCGGAGCGCGAGAGGUGCCGUCGUCUGGACGGCCAAGAGGCCGCAGCUCAUUCAUAUGCGAAGCCCGUGCAGGGCAAGAAAAAGGGGGCGGCGCUCUGUCUCAUCAAUUAAAACUGGCCCAGUUGGAGUGUGGAGCAGCGCAACACUCUGGGCUGCAGUAUCCUGAGAUAGAUCCUCCACCCCCCUCCCCACACACACACACCCAUGCAGGGAUGCAGACUUCGCUCCUCACGCAUGGCUCUUCGGUGUUGUGAACGUGAUACCAUAACACAACUAUUCAUGCUCUGUCUUGGGCAGCAGGGGGCGCAGUGGUUUGAGGCCACAUUGCAAUCCGAUGGACCUGGGACUGAAUACCACCUCCUGAUGCGGUAGUGGUCAAGCUGCAGCACUUGUUGAAUCGAGCCCGGAGAGAAGCGGCGAGGGGGAAGAGAACCCGAGGGCUGUUUCGUGUGCCUCUGCCACUGCAGACGGGGGAAGCUCCACGAUGCAGCAGCAGCGCUUUGGGCUCUUCUGAACACUGUACAGCACAGCGGAGCGGUCCCGGCCGUGAAGCCCCUUCCCCAUCGCCUUGAAGCCCCCCCAGCCAUGUCGCAGCUGCUGCACGUUGAGAUCCCCAACUUCGGCAGCACUGUACUGGGCUGCCUCAACGAGCAGCGGCUCCUGGGCCAGCACUGCGACGUCUCCAUCGUGGUGAAGGGCCAGGCCUUCAGGGCCCACCGCGCCGUCCUGGCCGCCAGUAGCCUCUACUUCCGCGACCUGUUCAGCGGCAGCUCCAAGGCGCAGUUCGAGCUGCCGUCCUCGGUGGCGCCCGCUUGCUUCCAGCAGCUGCUCAGCUUCUGCUACACGGGAAAGCUGACGGUGGCGGCCAGCGAGCAGCUCGUGGUCAUGUACACGGCCGGCUACCUGCAGAUCCAGCACAUCGUCGAGAGGGGUAUGGAUCUCGUGUUCAAGGCCAAUUCGCCGCACUGCGACUCCCAGACGGCCUCCGUGGAGGAGCCCCCGGGCUCGGCGCCCCAGAGCCCCAGCAACCAGCUGGGUGCCGCGCUGGGUCCGCCCGGCUGGUCGCCUGCCGCGUCUGCCCUCUCCGCCGCCACCAGCGCCCGCAGGGUCAAGCUGGAGGGGGGCGAGCCUCCUCUCAAUCUACAGGCCCCGGGGGGGCACAAGCGGGGUGAGGCUGGGGGGAUGCGCCAGUCCCGGGGUGGCUCGCUUUUCUACAGUGGCGCGGGGGGGAGCGCAUCCGCAGCCACCGCCGGCUCCUUCCCCGCAGUGCAGCCCUACCCGCUGACCUCCGGGGAGCGCUCCAGCCCGGGCAACUCCAGCCUGCCCACCACUGACAGCCCCACCUCCUACCAGAACGAGGACGAGGAAUUCGAGGAAGAGUCGUACGACGGCAUCGCCGAGGACGCCUACAGCCACCUCUACGGCCGGGCCGUCAACCCGUUCAGCAUGCAGGAGAAGGCGGACGUGGCCCUCCCCCUGGAGAGCCGCUCCUGCGUGCUGAUCCGCCGCGACCUGGUGGCGCUGCCCGCCAGCCUCGUCAGCCAGAUCGGGUACCGCUGCCACCCCAAGCUGUACACCGAGGGUGACCCGGGGGAGAAGCUGGAGCUGGUGGGAGGUACAGGGGUCUUCAUGACUCGAGGGCAGCUGAUGAACUGCCACCUCUGCGCAGGAAUCAAACACAAGGUGCUGCUUCGACGCCUGCUAGCCACCUUCUUUGACAGGAACACGCUGGCCAACAGCUGUGGGACGGGUAUCCGCUCGUCCACCAGCGACCCCAGUCGGAAGCCCUUGGACAGCCGUGUACUCAACGCUGUCAAACUGUACUGUCAGAACUUCGCGCCCAACUUCAAAGAGAGCGAGAUGAAUGUGAUCGCUGCGGACAUGUGCACCAAUGCGCGGAGAGUGCGGAAACGCUGGCUGCCCAAGAUCAAGUCUAUGCUUCCUGACGGGAUGGAGGUGUACCGUGGUGGAGCGGCAGUGGGGCUGGGGCUGAGUCUGGGGAGCUCUUAUGCGGGCGUGCAGCUGCCCUUCGAGGCCGACUUCAAAUCGCUCACGGCCUCCGGCCUGGCCUUCGAGCAGCGCCUCUACGCUGACCGUAAGGAGACGCUCAGAACUCAUCUGCAGCUGGAUGCAGCCAGCCCAGGGGGCGGGGCCAAUGGCGAAAGGGAGGGAACAGAGCUGGGCGGAUCCCAGGGGGAGGAGGAGCUGGAGGAGGAAGGGGAGGAAACCCUCCUGGAGAACUCAGAGGGACCUGCCGGAACCUCGCCCCUGAUUUCCGGGGAUGAGCCAGCAGGGUGUGGUGGUGGCUGCCGCUCACCAUCGCCAAAGGAACAGCAGGGGGAGGAGUUUGAAGAGGAUGCCCUUCGGAUAAAUGGCCAAUGAGUGUGCUCGCUGUCUCACGGCUGCCCCCAGCUCACCCCUACCUGAUGCAGUUGGAAAGGGAACCUCCCAGUACAGUUACACGCACGCACGCACGCACGCACACAAUAUCUUACAUACACUCUCCCGAUAUCCUCUGAUCUAGAUCCCAAUGCACGUGAUUCACCAAGACAGCAAACCCAGCUUGCAAUGCUCUGCUCACGCCCCAGAGAAAGGACUCCAACAGUCGCUGUCUGCUGCAUACGCCACAAAUGCUUGCAUGCUAAACAUGCUAAAUGAGUAGACCAAGAAGCAACCAUGCCACUUACUAAUGUGCAAAAAAAAAAACUUUGAAAAACCUGCUACAGUUGCCUGACUAUGUACCGUUGAAACUUUUCCCCCUUCGAAGCCGCUGGCUCCGAAAACGAGUAACUGUGAGGUGCUGGGGGGGCGGCGGAAGCUCCAAACCUCCGCUGCCCACAUCCUCUGUUUUCAUUUAGUUUUGCUUUUUCGAUCUGUUACUGGACAGAAAAGAAAGGAAAAACACAGAAAUUUCCUGCUGGCUUAUUGCAUUUGCACUGGAGGAGGUUUGGGGUGGGUCAUGUGACCGGGUUUUGGGGCGGAACCUAAAACGACUGUUCCAGGAUGAGACUGACUUUGACUCUUGCCAAUGUUUCACAUGCUGUUUCCUGUCCGGUUCCACGAUAACGCCUCCAGGUGUUAACAGUUUCUUAUUGUUGAGGUUGCAUUGCGACACUCGGCUGCCAGCUUCUUAUUUGUGCCCUGCGAAAACCAAACCGAGCGAUGGCCUACAGAAAAGGACCCUACAGGAAUAUUUGUAGAGAGUGGGUUACGUUAAGAAGUCCUUGAAGCGUUUGGGAAGCCUGUAAUGAAGACCCACGUAUUGUAUAUCAUUUGAUUCAAAAGCCCUUAUUGUUGAAAUAUAACUUAAAAAAAAUAUAUAUGAACUGGCAUAUCCUUCUGAGAGCCAGCCAUUCGUUUUUGUCCACUCUAGAGGACAUAAGGUUUUUGAGUGUACCUUCCAAAUCAUACAUGCUGCAAUGCUGAGUCCUAGUGCACCUUAUAGAACAUAUUCUAUGUUCUUAAAUGCAAUCACAUGUUUUGGGGUGAGGCCUGGACAGCUUUCUAAAAAUCCUGCAAAUAUGUGAAAAACAUUUCUAAGCGGGUUUCCGGAGGAUAUGCGAAGCACUUGGAUUAUUUUACAUGCAUACCAUAAUAUUUUACAUGCAUACCAUACAAAAAAAAAACAUUGUGGAAUGUUUCCAGAAGAUUUUUUAUUUUUUUUCCCUGAUGGGGGAAGUAUAGAAGGUCCUGUUUCUCUGAUAUGAGUGGCAGGAUUUUUAUUGCACUAAGGACAUUAGAAAAUGUUUACAGGAAAAAUUAGCGAUUGAGUACAAUCUGAUGUCAGAAUGUGGCUUGAAUGAGCUUGUGGGUGUAUGGAGUAGGCCCUCACUAGUCACCCUCAGAGAACGUUUUUGAAGCAGUGCUCAUUCCAGGAGAUGUGAUUUCUUUUUUUUUUUUUUUCCUUUUUCUGUGUAACUUAGAAUGCCAGGUGCUUGGAAAGCAUGGAAGAAUCUUUCCUUUUUUAAACUAAGCCAUUGCAGCUACAGGGUUUUUGUAACAGCCUGGAGAAGGGCGUUGAAGAGUCUUCCAUCCUUAGAGUGCUUUUGGGUUGAACAAGGAUAUCAACCCUGCUGAGAUUUACCUGGGUAGUGUAAAUGCUGAGCACUUUCUGAUUUUUUUUUUUUCUUUUUUUUUUUUUUUUUUUUUUUAAGUGUUGGUCCGCCGCUGGAUGGAAAAUUUUCCUGAAUAUAGUAGUGCGCGCCUGCCUUUUUAAAGGGGCUUUAUUGUUUGUGCUCAGUAUGUUCAGGCAAGAGGAGUCAUCGUCAAACUGUCCUAGAUGACUGAUCGCCUGAAUGGGGGCUUUGCUUAGGUUUCUAGAAGGCCAAAGGAAAUACCAGCUGAAAAAUGAUCAAAGUGUGAGAAUGCUUUAUUGAACGUGUCCGGUUCGGGGUAGUGUUUGGGUGCUUACGAGACGACUGAAGGCGGACGGUGCGAGUGCCUUAAAUUUCCUGGAUAUUGCGCGUGUAUAUCGGUAGACCCAUAUAUCACGAUCCCAUCGCUGCCCGUACCUUUAUUUCAAGAGAAACUGAUUUCAGAAGUGUCAUUGUCAACUGAAGCCAACAGACACUCGUUGAAAUGCCAAUAAUAAUUGCUGUAAGAGUUCAAAUGCACAUGACUAAGUAUGUAUCGCAUUAUCUGUUCUUUUGGCUUUUUUGGAGAACUUUUCCAUUUUAUGGAGGAGAUAUCUGCAGAUUUGUUCAAAUUCUUACACAAUAUUCUCCUUGGCAGUAUGUAAAGAACCAGGUCUAGAAUCAGGCCUUAGUUUUAAGUAAAUUUUUGCAUGCCCUAAUAAAAAAGAAAGUAUGAACUACAGAAAAAUAAAUGUUGUGACUUGCUGCAUGAGCAAAAUUGUGCAGGUCAAAAUAGGAGCUGGAUCUCUGGUAUUAAUGGUGAAAACUGUUAUUGUUGUGGUUUGGUGUAUUCCAUUGCUUCCGCCAAUAGAGUUCUGCUGCACCGGGAUGUGGAGAGACAGAAUUGUGUCUAGCCUCAAUGUAUUCCAUAUGUGAUUUCAUUAGUUUGCCAGACCUGCGUCAAGGGGUUAGGUCCUGAAAUCAUCACGGGCCCAAGCUCUUGGAGCUCUUUUUGCCAAGGGAAAAGAGCACCUCAAAUUCGGUUUGAACUGACAUCAAGGGCCGAAAGGGGACACUAAUCAUGCAAUGGAAUAUACCUUACCCAGUUAUUUUUCUUGUGUCUUAAAUAUGUUCUAUUUUAAUUUCAGCUUCUAUUUUCUCUUGUGGAAAACAGAAGCCAAGAAAGUGUUUUUUUUUUUCUUUCUUUCUUUUUUUUCCCUCUUUAGGUUGACCAGUUUUCUUUCCGAAGACGGGUUAGAGGGGUUGAAGUGUUGCAACGUUGCACUAGAAGCUGAGGAAUAGAAACUCAGAGAAUGUUAGAUUUGAACCCGAGUGGCUGCUGUGUAGUCCCCGUUAGAUUUCCCUUCUGCAAGCUUUCCAGAUAUGUACAUAUUCAUUUUGGUAUGAGGCCACAGGGUUUGUAGAUAACAGCAGAAAUACAAUAUCUUCCAUAGCAUAAAGGAAUACAUCCUUAGAGGGAACCUAACAAAGUGUGCAUUGAUGCCUUGUGAAAAAUUUCGAUGUGCGUCUUAAACCAACACUGUGCCGGAGACAGUAAAUGUAUCGGUAUCAUCCAAGGUUAACCCGCGGGGUAGCAUAAAUUGAACGUUCCACAUAAUGGAAUGCUUCACUGACUGAGUUGUUAGCCAACUAAAUACCCAACAUCACCAAAUCUCCAUUGUCAUUCAUCCUGGUUGUGAAAAUUCAGCCUGCUGGGAUUGGUAGUAUUUGAUACUGGAUGCCUUUGUGUGUGUGUGUGUGUGUGUGUGAGAGAAGAUGAGGGUCAUGUUGAAACUUCAUGAUCCUACUAUGGCACUGAUGGAAUAAAGAAAGGUCUUGACCUUUGCCUGCAGCCAAGUUGAUGUUCUUGAAAGUGAAAUUCAUAUAAUCAAGCACAACAUCCUAGUAUAGUAUCAGUGGCAGUCUAUUAACAUGACAUACAGGCAAUAGGUUAGGAGGAGGCAGAACCCACUGGAAGGAUCUGGAAGGUUGAUAGUAGUCUGGUUGUCGGGGUAUCUGGAAGACUACUGUAAUGUGUGAGUGAGUACCAAACUCAGCAUGGAUUCCGGAUGCUUGUUUGUCUCUAUUCUUAGUGAUAAUGCCAGCACUUUAGAACUGUAAAUAAGGAGGAGGUGAAAGAAUUCUGGCGAGCAACCUUCAAAGCCAUGUGCUAAGAGCGUUGACAAUCGGGAACAAGAGCCCAUAUGCAUUACAGGAAGUCUGUGACACGCUGGAGACAUGGGGCCCAUAAAUCCUCUCCUGCAGUUGCUUUAACGAUGCUUAGCAACCGCCCUUUGUGAUCGAGGGCCUGUGUGGCUUUGUGAUCGUCAGCCUGUGCCAGUCAAUUCUAGUGUUUCCUGGAUCUCCCCGAGCGUUUAGUUUUUUUUUUUUCCUCCCCCUCAGAUCCAUUCAACCGGCAGCUGACUGAGCUAAGGAAAGACCAGUUGGCUUAUAACGUACUGGAAGAAGCUUCUUGCACAUAAUUCCAACGUGGUCUGUCAUUUAAGUUGAAAUGGAUGGUGAGCAGGAGCCUGAGAGCUGUGUCUCCCAGGAGGACUGGAGACGGCCGUGUCCAGCACCGCAGAGCUGCAGUCGGAAAAAACCCAAGGAGGGAGUUGCGGUAUUUUUAUUUAGGCUAUGGGGCAUGAGCUCUUCGCAAAACCUGGCUCACCUUUUUACACAAGCAAAAAAGCAAAAUGCCACUGUCGAUGUUACACAAAAUUAUCCUUUUCUCCCGUAUUUUGGCUGCUUCUCUCUAUUUUAGUAACUCACUAGUUAGACACAUGUAAAACAAAACUGCCUCUGAUUCAGUUAUGAGUGACAUUGUGUAGUUUUGAGAACCAAUAACUUUUUCUUUCUCCCAGAUGCAAUA